CAAAGCUAGCACAACAUCACACACAAUUAUAGUACGAACAGAUGAUAUCGCUGUCCGCCAUUCUCGACCGUCCGUCCUGCCACUAAGCCCGUUGGAUGAACGAGACUCGACUUAGGAGUUCGUCCCAUCUCCGUCGUUCCCAUAUAACACCCUAAGCCGUGUCCAACCCCAAGCAUCUUCAUCAGGAUAUCCAAGUUUCAACAUGUCGACGCCUACUUCGCCGCCGAUUUCUCCCCUUCUAUUCUCCGCCCAGCUUUAUCCUGGCCGAGCGCUGGGCUGGUUGGUGCUUGGAGCGUCGUUGCACGAUGUCUUGACCCGCCUCAAGACAGAGCCCCAGCGGUUCCCGAAUCUCGAUGUCAAGUACAGCCCAACCUCGCCGACGACGUCGAUUAUCAUUAUCGAUCUCCCUGCAAACGGCAUGCGGCUACAAUUCGACGCCCCAGAGCAGCGACUACGCUUGAUCGAGGUGUUGGACUUUACAAAGAAUCAUAUCUUUCUCAAGGCAGCCGAUAACAAGGAGCGUGACCUUGUUCGUCCUUCCACAGCAUCUACCCUGUCAACCGAUAACGCCGCGGGCCCUACGUUCCGUCACAUCUAUCAACGGUUUCUUGGUCCCACUUAUGAUGGGGAGUUCGUUGAUGGACCAAAGACCCCAGACAACGCCGUCGACCAAUAUGGCCUAUACUGUUUGUCAUGGCCCGGCGUGGCCUUCACCUUCCUCAUGAAGAAAGAGGCCUACUCGGCCAAGAAGAACGUGGUUGACCUGUUGCCAUCCACCGCGGUCCCCGAGGUCAUGGGCAUUUUCAGUGGGGAUUCAUGGACACAGGCCCGACAGACGCUGUGGACUGAUGUGCUGCCCAGUCUCAAGACGUUCACGCCACUCACUAAGGGAAAGGAGGUGUUUCCUGACGAGGUCUCUCUGAUCAAAAUUUACGGUGCAGGGAAACUGCAGGUCUUUCGAAAGUGGACGGAUCAGCACUUUUGGAUCAGGCUUGGACAGACUACUCCGCAAGACCUUGUAUCCCACUUGGGUCCUCCCGAUGCUAUAUACCGGAAGAGCGACCAUAAGAUGUUCGCACACAAUACGCGGACUGGUAGCGAUGCCAUGAAGCGACCAGACAGUGCUGAUUUGAAGCAUCAGGACGACCUUACAGACACAGAUCAAUCGUCGGCAAACGCUGGGUCGGAUGGUUACCACUCUAGCGACGAUGAAACCAGUGACAUCAGCACCGAAGGCGGCCACGUGUCAGGCGAGUGCUUCUACAACUAUUUCUCCCAUGGAUUCGAUGUGCUGGUCUCAAAGCCGACGGCGCCAUCACCGGUACCGCCUUCUCAGGAGCAAGGGAAGAAUGUACCUAACGUUCCCAAGGACUGGCUUCUCACAGCCAAUGCCGACAGCCUUGUUGCCACUAAGAUUGUUCUGCACGGAAAUGUGCCUGGGUCAUAUCCCUUCAACCGACACCGUCGCUGCCGAUGGGAAAUCCCGUAUCUCUCAUCCGUCUCGGACGUUGUGAUCAACUCGGAGUCGGAUUUUCCGCAAAUUGAGGAGAGCCUGCGCAAGGAGUGGCAGUCCCUUUACCCUUCUGAAGAAGAAGCGCGCAAGGCUCAGAGAGGCAUGGUUCUCAACAGAGGCUGGGGAGACAGUCCCGGGAGCAGUAUUGAGUUUCUCGGCGGGUGGGAAGGAGACGGCGCGACGGCAGCACCGGACGCCGGUGGCACGGCCAAGAAGUUUGAUGGGCCCGCAGACUCCACGACUACUCUUUAUGGAUUCCCGGGAUUCGUCUUUGAGGUGUUGAAGAAUGGCGCUGUCACUGCGGUGACGGUGUUCUAACCUUUCCUUGCAUGGCUACGAAGGUGUUUUGUAUUUUCUCUGAGCGUUGGGGACAAUUAUCGACUUACACAGGGGGUCCCGAGGAACACAUUGUUUAUGAUAUCAACAAGGAGACAAAUCUGGUCUUUUACGUUGGUUCUGGCGACAUGGAGGUAACGGGCACACGGGUAUUAGAGGGAUGGGGCAUCUCGCCAGUAUUGUUUAAUUUGCGGUGACAACU